AGUAGCUGUAAUAUUCUUGUCAUUUUACGGUUAUUUUUCUCAUACAGCUAUUCUUAGGGAAGAAUUUUUGGAUAACAUGUCGAAUAAGACGCUCCUCGUCCUCGCAGUUGUAGGCAUUUUUGCAUGUUUAGGAGCCGGGAUUCUUAUUGGGUAUCUAGGAAUGCACGGACCUAAGUGUACUAAACUAUUACCCAUGGAGGACAUCGCAACGCUGCUACGUGCGACGUGCUCGUCUUCUAAUACAAAAAACGUAUAUGACGAUCAUCAAAACAGAUUUUGGGUCAGAAGUCUGGAAUCUCUAUGCAUAGCUGGUGCAUGUAAAUUGCCCGAUCCCCCUUACUAUCUUGCCACCCAGAUCCGACGUGAUAACGUCGACGCCGAUCCUGGGGAUGAUGUUGAUCUUGAAAGAGCGGUGGCCUUGGAUAGCGGAGAUGAUGUGUGGAAUGAUGUGAAGAGUAUUGCCACUUACUCUGGCACGAUUCGCCAAGUCAAAACAAAAAUGCUAUGGGGUCGCUACCACCUUUUCUCAGAGACAUCAAUCUCCAUCGCUCAACGAGACAAGAUAACUCCAACCACAAGAAUGACAUGUGAGAUGGAAUUGGACGAUGACUGGGAUGCCCGAUUAACCACGUUGGUUACAGUUGAUGCAGAGUUCAACCGCGAUAAGAUAGACAGUGCCACGUGCGCUGGUAAUAUAAAACAUAUUAUGAGAAGAAAUGGAGAUGAAAUCAUAGAUACCCAGUUCACUUUGGAUGAAACUCGGGCCAAACUUUAUAAUGGUAAACUGAACUUCUGGCUUAAGCUGAAUUAUGAUAAAAUCAGGUCGAAGUUAUCACCUUCUUCCCCUUCACAUUGGGAAAGUUGGCUAUUCAGUAUCCGCUGCUAUCAUUCUACAAGUGAAGUGCCAAUACAAAUGAAUGUUGAUAGGUUUGGUGUUCUACAGUUCAUCACGAGUGACAUAAAUACAGUAUUAUACAAGCAGCCACCUUAUUGGCUUCUCUACCAAAGUCUUCUUGAAGUAUUCCAUGCAAUCAAACAAACUCAGGGUAAUAGCUUCACUAACAGUGGUGACCUAAAUCUGAUCAGUAUUUCAUUACCUCUUAACAUCAAAGCUGGACUUUGCCACCAGCCUCCCAUCGUGCUCUAUAGGGAGGAAGGUUUCACAAUCACUAUAGCAACACUUGACAAUUCAAUGCUUGGACAUAUUGAUAAUUUUGGUGUACUGUGGUUUGAAAAUACCUAAAUAAGGAUUAGAGUAAUAAGGAAAAUAAGAGAAGGGAAAACGCGCCCAUCGUACCCUGUACGUUGAAGGGUGUUUAGAACAAUUCGCGAAACAAGUAUAGACUAUAUAUCGACGAGCAAUAAUCACUUUACAUUUAUAGGAUGGCAGAUCAACAGAAAAUUCACAACUAUUGUGAAAAACUUUUGUAAAAAGAGUUAAUCUCCACUCUCAUUUCGUGCUCUGACCUAUAUAGCUACAUAAAAUCUAAAAAUGUAGUUGUGAAAAAGAAAUGAAGAUAAUCUCAAUAAAUAGUUGUAAUGUUUGUAUUCAGGUCAGUUCUAAUUCAGUCUAAAAACUAAGCCUGCCUCACUGACAGAGACCGGGACAGUUACAUUAGGUAUGUGUUGCUGAAGUGAAACUGCAC